CCAUUUCCAUUAAUUUGACACCGUGCCUGCGCACUACCGUGCAGUGCGAGUGUCGAGAGCGCGCAACUGCAGCAGAUUGUCGCGCGGAGGGCGGGGGGAGCGCGCUUGAUCUUCAUCGCUGCUCAUCCAGAAAUUUACCAGGAGGACCAGGACCGGAGAUCCAACAGCACCCUAAGCCUGCCGGACCGUUCGAACCUUUUGUGCAUCCGAGUAGAACCAAAGAACCACCGGCGAGCCUCAGAAAACUCACCGUACCCAAACGCACCGGGCUGACUUGCGCUCCUCCAGGUAAGCGAGGAGGAACCAGCGAUCCGCAGAGAUCCUGAUCUGAGCCCAGAACCACAGAGGCGCAGCGCGGACUGGAGGAGCUCUCGCUUGGCUUUUUCUUAGCCCUCGGAACCGGAGCUCGGAGCCGGAGCUUCGAGUUGACUCGGCGGGUGCAGCCAAAAAGAGGUUGGGGGAAGAGCGGCCCGGAUCCGCCGCCGCUCCGAGGGUUUCUGAAGACCGCUGCAGGAGGAGCAGCUGCGGUGCGCGGAGACCCGGGGGCUGAGGAGGACCAUCAACCGGCCGCCUCACCCAUGGGUUAGACCCGGACUGGUGGUUCAGAGCAGCCCACAGAACCCCGGAGGGUCAGCUCUUACCUGUACGCACCUGCCGACCCUGACCCGACCUGCGGGGGCCGGAUGAUGUAGACGCCGCUGCCCCACCAGCAGCAGCACAGCUACCGUUCCAGGUCUUAGGACCCCUAGAUCUUAGGCUCUCAAGUCUCAGCACCCAGGUCUCUGGACCCCAGGUCUCAGACCCCCAGGUACCCGGUCAAGAGAAGAACCAUGCCGGCGGGGAUGAAACCGCUGGAGAAGUUCCUAAAGAAGCAGACCACCGCUCUGACGCGGGCCGGGGGGUUCGGAGGGGUGGGUGACAAGGCCAGCGGUGGGACCGGAGCGUCCCGCAGGAGGGCCAGCCUGUCCCGGGUCGUCCCGUUCUUCAGGGAGACCUCACCUGAAAGCGGACACGCGCGGGAGGUGUUCAGCCCUGACAGCGAGGACCCCCCCUCCUGGCCGUCAGCUGCGGGGACUGGGCUGGCCUCAGUUCCCUGCAGCGCCAAUGGCUCUGGCUCUGGAACUGGAUCUGGUUCUGGCUCUGGUUCUGGAGGAGGAGAUGUCCGCAGUCCAUCUCUGUCCAGCGAUGAACAGAGCUCUGAGGCCAGUCUGAUCACAGAGACCAGCUGUGGAGGAGGAGGAAGUGGAGGAGGAGGGACGCCUCUUCAUCCUGAUACUCCGGACAACCUGACCCUUUCUGUUCUGGAUGGAGUGGCUGGAAAACGCUUUGGACACUGUGCAGAAACCCUGCUGGAUGACUUCAUGUUGACACAUCCCAUCUUCCUGACGGCCGACAGGCUCCAGCAAGUCCUGCUACAGCAAUUCACACUGGAGGCUGAGGGGGGGCGCAGAGAGGGGGAGAGGCGAGAUGGAGAGUCGGAGGCGGCGAUGAGCGCCGCAGAGAGGAAGCAAGCGGUGUUGAACAUGGCCUUCAGGUACCUGGACACCUACAGAGAGCUGCUGCAGGAAGAGGGAGAGCGCAGCAACAGCUUCCCAAAGGAGCUGUACAUGUGUGCGAUUCAGGAGCUGACCCAGUAUCCUGAGCUGGUGGAGGACGUCCUCAAGCUGCAGCGAUGGACUGAGAUCUUACACUGCCCCUCCAACGAGGAGAAGGAGAGCAGGAAGAAGCAGGUCCGUCCGCUGUUCAGACACUUCCGACGCAUCGACGCCUGUCUGCAGCCCCGGGAGGCCUUCAGAGGCUCAGACGAAAUCUUCUGCAGGGUGUACACCCCGGAUCACUCAUACGUCACCAUCCGGAGCCGCCUGUCCUGUCGGGUCGGAGAGAUUCUAGCACUGGUUAAAGAGAAACUCCAGUACAGUGAAGACCAGCCAGUUUUGCCAGGAAACCUCAUACUGGUGGCGGUCACCUCAGCUGGAGAGAAAGCCGUGUUUCGUCCAAGUGACGAGGCCGUCUUCACCACGCUGGGAGUCAACACUCACCUGUUCGCCUGUGAACCCUCUGAACUCGACUCUCUGCUUCCUCUUCCUGAGGAGAUCCACUGGACGCCUGGUGACAGUAAACUUCAUGACAUGUCGGCGGAGGAAGUAGCCAAUCAGCUGGUGGUGUUCGACUGGGAACUUUUCAGCUGCGUUCAUGAGGUGGAGUUCAUCUGUUAUGUAUUUCAUGGUGAGCAGUCCCGCUGGCGCCCCCUUAACCUGGAGCUGGUACUGCAGCGCUGCAGCGAGGUGCAGCACUGGGUCGCCACGGAAAUUCUGCAGUGCCAGUCGCUGCCGAAGAGGAUCCAGCUGCUGCGCAAGUUCAUCAAGAUCGCAGCACUCUGCAAACAGCAGCAGGACCUGCUGUCGUUCCUGGCUGUGGUUCUGGGACUGGAUAACCCGGCUGUCAGCAGACUGAGGCUCACCUGGGAGGGUCUUCCAGGGAAGUUCAGGAAGCAGUUUCAGCAGUUUGAAAGCAUCGCUGACCCCUCCAGGAACCACAAAAGCUACAGAGACCUGAUCACCAGCCUGAGACCCCCACUGAUCCCAUUCACCCCACUGCUGCUAAAAGAUUUGACGUUUCUUCAUGAGAGUUGCAAGACGUUCCACGGUGAACUUGUCAACUUUGAGAAGAUGCAUAAAGUGGCUGAGAUGGUGAGAACCAUCAGACGGUACCGGAGCUCCCAGCUGGCCAUAGAUACAGAGACGUCCCCGUCCCACCUGCAGACAAAGGCCUACGUCCGUCAGCUGCAGGUGAUCGACAACCAGAACCUGCUGUUUGACAUGUCCUGCAAGCUGGAGCCCAAAGACACGUAGAGGGAUGGAGGAGGGACAGAGGAACGAGGAGAAGGAGGAGGUUCAGGACCUGCUCCUGAACGUGACACACAUCCUGCCACCAUCCCAAACAUGGAGAACCUCCAUCCUGCAGGACACAAAACUUUUCAUGUUAAGACCUGUUUCAUUGCUGCUGCUGCUGAUUCGCCUGUGCAGCCUAAUGUUCUGCAGAAUCUGUAACACUGAAAACUCCAGAACCAGCCAGAUGGACCUGCAUUGACCCAAACCUUGGUUCCUAACACACAGCUGAAACCCAGUGGUAUGUCGCUGCCUCUUCAGAGACCUGUUUCAGUCUGGAUCUGACUUAUUUCUCUGCAGAGAAACCUUAACAUACACAUCUUCACCUGGAACAACUGAAGAUAUGCAGAAUUUAUCAGAAAAUUUAUUUAGCUCAUCUCUCAGAUUAUAAAUAUAUAUAAUAUAUAUAAUCAGGAGAAAAAUGCAGAACAAAUUUUUUCAUUUUUAAAGAUCCAUGAAACCCAUCUGAUCCCUUUGAAGAACAGCCAUGAUGACAAAAACAAUGAAGGAUCAGACUUGUUACAUAAAGCAAAUAAAACCAGCGGUGUGUGAGUCAAA